CAUUAAUGAUGGUUCUUUACUAUACAAACAUUACAUAAUCCUGACAGAACCUCGGAGUGGAUCAACGUUUUUUAGCAGUUUGUUGGAGCAACACCCACGUAUAAGACACUAUCAUGAACUCCUUACAAGAUCUACCUUAAAACGCAAUGAUAUAACAAUCCAAACUACAAACGAAGCGUUCAAAUACGUCAAUGCCAAACUGAGUAAGAACUGUCAAAAGAUCACAACAGGAUUCAAACUAUUUUGUACUGAUGUAAAAACAUGGAACAUUUCCCAAGCUGAGUUCAUUGAUCUCCUGGGCAGGCCGGUGUGACAGUUUCACAUGUCCAUGCUAAAUUAUGUCCGAUGGACUUAUUUUCCUAGGAAUGCAGGUCCGUCGGACACUAAGUCCUAGGAAAAUAAGUCCAGGGACUUGCAUACCUAGGAAAAUAAGUCCAUCGGACAUAUUUUCCUUAGGACUGUAUGUCCUAUGCCUAGGAUGAGUCGUCCGAGGCGGACUUGUAUUCCUGGAUGCCUGUCAGAAAUUUAAGUCCAUGUAAACUAUUUUACCUUUAUAUGUCAACCUUUCAAUUCAAGUUUUCAUAAAAUCAAC